CCAUGCGGUCACGUGAGCAGGCGCUGCAAGAUGGCGACGGUGGAGGGCUAAAGUUGGUGUCCGUGAGCGGUUUGUGUGACUGGGCGAGCGGCGGGAGGCGAGGAGCUAUCUCCCGGGAAACCUCGCAAGGCUGAUUGAAGUCUCGCAGUUGGCUCGGGGUGAAUAAAGAAGACAGUGCUAUUUCCUCUCAAGAUCAGUUCUAAGAGAGAAUGUCCUGGAGAGACUAAAGCAUUGGGGAUUGAUUGGUUCACACAUAGUCUGAGCCAUGGCCACAAAUGGUACAAGUUCUUCAGCAAGCAACCACACAACAAAAUCGCAACUUGGGAUAAAAGUCAUUUGCGCAAAGCUCAAAGAAAAUAAGAAGAACUGGUUUGGGCCCAGUCCCUACGUAGAAGUGGCUGUUGACGGCCAGUCAAAGAAAACUGAGAAGCUUACCAACACACACAACCCAAAAUGGAAACAACAUGUCACAGUGAUUGUAACACCAUUCAGCAUGAUCCACUUUCGAGUAUGGAGCCAUCAGACGCUGAAAUCGGAUGUCUUGCUGGGAUGCGCCACUCUGGAUGUCUGUGAGACAUUAAAAUCUAAUAAUAUGAAAUUUGAUAAUGUGGUUAUAAAGUUACCACUCAACAAUGAUCGUGAUAUCAUGGACGGGGGUGAGCUGAUUGUAUCUCUGGAUGGGUUAACUGUUGAUCCAGAAGUCUUGACCAAUGGACAUUCAGCAAGUACAGCAAGCAACUCAACGAGUGAAGGCUCCCGAUGUGGUAGUGAGGCAUAUAUACUAAAUCCCUCAAGUGCAAAUGGUGAUGCAAUGUCACAAGAAGGCUCAAUGGACACUGGGUCUGCCGAUGAACACAAUAUGAAUGGCAGAAAUACUCCAUCACCAUCUCCAAAAUCAAAGCCAGUAAGGCCUCCGAGACCCUUGAGACCUCCGCCUCCGGUUCCAUCCAGACCUGUGAGCAUAGCAGUCUGUGAAAAUGGGUACUCGGGUCCAGUGGAGAAUGGACCUUCUACUGCUGCUGUUUCAACUGCAGCAAAUACCAUGCCUUCAGCUGCAGUGACAAAUUUACCAGAGCCAUCAGCCAGUGUGGUUCCAUCAGCUGCAACUGUUUCUCCUGGUGACCGCGCACUAAACACAGUGAACAAGGGCCCACUUCCACCUGGCUGGGAGCAGAGGGUGGAUCAACAUGGUAGAUUGUAUUUUGUAGAUCACAUUGAGAAGCGAACAACGUGGGAAAGACCACAGCCAUUACCUCCAGGCUGGGAGCGAAGGGUUGACGAGAGGCACAGAAUAUAUUACGUUGACCACAUUACCAGGACCACCACGUGGCAGCGGCCUACAGUGGAAUCUGUCAGGAACUUUGAGCAAUGGCAGUCGCAGAGAAAUCAGCUUCAGGGAGCCAUGCAACAGUUCAACCAGAGAUUUAUUUAUUCGUAUCCUGAGCCGGUGGUGCCUGCUGAAUUUGACCCUCUUGGCCCGUUGCCAACUGGAUGGGAAAAGAGAACAGACACCAAUGGCAGGGUAUACUUUGUAAAUCAUAUAACGCGUACCACUCAGUGGGAGGAUCCAAGGACAGAGGGCAUUCUCAAUGAGAAGCCCCUGCCAGAUGGAUGGGAAAUGCGCUUUACAGUUGAUGGUGUUCCAUAUUUUGUGGAUCAUAACAGAAGAACAACAACGUACAUUGAUCCACGCACGGGGAAGUCAGCACUAUCAAAUGGUCCAAACAUCGCGUAUGUCCGUGAUUUCAGAUCCAAAGUUUCCUAUUUCAGGUUCUGGUGUCAGCAAUUGGCUGCACCUCAGCACAUCAAAAUAACUGUGACCAGGAAAACAUUAUUUGAGGAUUCCUUUCAGCAGAUUAUGAGCUUUAGUCCUCAAGACCUGCGACGGAGGUUGUGGAUCAUUUUCCCAGGAGAGGAAGGCUUAGAUUAUGGAGGUGUGGCAAGGGAAUGGUUCUUUCUGCUUUCCCAUGAAGUUUUGAAUCCCAUGUAUUGCCUCUUUGAGUAUGCUGGGAAGGAAAGUUACUGCUUGCAAAUAAACCCAGCAUCUUACAUCAACCCAGAUCAUCUGAAGUACUUCCGGUUCAUAGGGCGUUUCAUUGCCAUGGCAUUGUUUCAUGGGAAAUUCAUAGACACUGGAUUCUCUUUGCCAUUUUACAAACGGAUGCUAAGCAAGCCAAUAGUAACCAAAGACCUGGAAUCUAUCGAUCCAGAAUUUUACAACUCCCUCAUUUGGAUAAGGGAGAACAGCCUAGAGGAAUGUGGUCUGGAAAUGUAUUUCUCAGUUGACAAAGAAAUUUUAGGUGAAAUACAGACGCAUGAACUGAAACCAGGUGGCAAUGAUAUACUGGUGACUGAGGAGAAUAAAGAGGAAUACAUUAGGCUUGUAGCUGAAUGGAGGUUAUCACGUGGCGUUCAGGAGCAGACACAAGCAUUCUUGGAGGGCUUUAAUGAAGUGCUCCCUUUACACUAUCUUCAGUCAUUCGAUGCCAAAGAAUUAGAGGUGCUGCUUUGUGGAAUGCAAGAGAUAGAUUUGAAUGACUGGCAGAGAAAUGCAAUUUAUCGGAACUACACCAGAAACAGCAAACAGAUAGUAUGGUUUUGGCAGGUUGUGAAGGAAAUGGACAAUGAGAAACGAAUGCGCCUGCUGCAGUUUGUCACUGGGACAUGCCGCUUGCCAGUUGGUGGUUUUGCUGAUCUCAUGGGGAGCAAUGGUCCUCAAAAAUUCUGUGUCGAAAAAGUGGGGAAGGAAAACUGGUUACCAAGAAGCCACACCUGUUUCAAUCGUUUGGAUCUGCCGCCGUACAAGAGCUUUGAGCAACUGAAAGAAAAACUGUUGUUUGCCAUCGAAGAAACCGAAGGGUUUGGACAAGAGUAACAACCGUGUGCUGUCUGUUAUUGUGAGGGGCUUUGUAAGGAGGAAUGCAUUUCCAUUUUUUGUGCUUUCUUUCCAGUAGACAUCUGUUUGCCAGACUUCUCAGGACAGACUAUUUGUGUCAGAAACCCUGUGGGGAAGUAGCUGUACAGCUUUGUCUAUAUACGUUUGCAAGCUGAAAAUGCCUGAUAUAAUGAGGAAAUUGUACAUGUUCAAAUAGAAUUAAUGUGCUGUGAUAACCAGCUUCAACUGCAGUUUGUUCAUUUGUAUGUGAGGAAACAACUGGGCUGCAUGAACAGGAAUACAGUUGGCUGCUUGUCAGCUGGUUGGUGAGGCUCUCCUACAUCUGACAGCAUCAUGCAGUUGAGGCUAAAGCAGGGCUGGAAAACUACCCAGACUGAACCUUUCAGAGUACAUCAACUCUCUCCCUUUCUUCACUUUCUGAGUGCAAUGUAUUUAUUAUGGUCCAUCACUACUACUUUGCCAUCCCCACUCACACAUCCUGCAUUUAUCUGUCCAAUAACUCAUCGUUAUCCCAUCAUUUCUUUAUAUUUAAUUUUAAUAAGUUUUAAACAAUGUUCUGAAUUCUAAUUCAAGUGCUGCAAGUUUGAGGUUAUCCUUUCCAAUUAAGAAAGUCCUAUUAAAGUAUGUUCGCCUAUUUUGCUGAUAAUCCAGUGAACAGAUGUCUACUGCGUAGUUUUGUACCUUUUUAUUAAUUUUCUUUUAAAGUCAUUAUCUGUAAAGAAACAGUACUCAUGAUGUUAUCCUGAAUCAAAGCCACCUCCUUCAUACAAAGGGUAAUUGGAAAGCAAAGGUCUCCAUUCUAUAUUUUUAAGUAAAUGCAAAAAGUUGCUGAGAUAGCUCUAGUUUUAUAGAGCAUGACCAGGAAAUGUUUGUGCUAUUUGCGUACUGAUGUACCUGAUUUGGGAACAUCUGUCAAAUAUAAAGAUUGGCUUCAGCUGGAGCUUGAGAUUCCCCCCACUCCCCUCCCUCCCAUUAGUCUUUUAGGCUUUUUCUUCCUUGUACAUAAAGCUCUGUGGAUGAUUUAGCACAAGUGACUCCUCUGAAGAUGUUUUAUAAUGAGCAGUCUCUCUCACACGACUCUCAAGGUAGCAUUGGAUCAAGCAGCCUCCCUACUGUUCUCCCCCAUCUUGUUUUAGAAGGCUUGUCCAGCACUUUGUAAGAGGGAUCUGUUUUGAGGCUUCUGAACUGUGGGAUGUGGAAAGAAAAUAUUCUCCAAAGCAGCAGCAAUCAAAGGCAACUUUUCAGAGACAAUGUCCUCAUGAGGUCACUUUUAUGACCAAAACUAACUGCACAGAAUUUUUACUACCUGGAAUUGUUUGAUCUCUGUGAACUUAAUGCUUCCUGGAAUCACUGCAUCUUCUUGUCUGCUCUACCUCAUUCCUUGGAAAAUGAACUUUAAAAUGGUACUAGCAGAUUAUUUAGGAUAUUCAUAUAGACUGAAUUAUCAGUUCUAACCCUGCCUCUACUUUUCUCCAGCACCACUUCCUUUCCGCUUUUGUAUUCUAACUCCAGACAUUUUCUGUUCACCCCAGCUACAGUUGGCAGGUGUACCCAAGCAAAGAAGUUCAAGUGAUUUCAUCUGAAAGCUAUUAGAGUAUGAAAGUGAAUCUUAGCAGGGAUAAGAUGUACCUACCCUAAAAUUAUAUCUAGGGAUUGUAUAAUUUUGUAUUCUAAACUGUGUUGAAUAACUUUGAACCCAAUAAUGGCAUGAAAUCUCCACAGCAAGUUCACCAUUUCUGGUUGCUAUCCAGAAAGGAUGUUAAUGUGUGAGGACAAAUUCCUGCCUAGCCUUGAUGUCCUCCUGCAUUAAAUUUCCUGUGAAGGAUCACUGGUUGGGCUUACACAUCCUUCACCAUCCAGAAGCUGCAGGCGACAUUGUAUGAAUGGUUUAAGGAAAGGUGGGAGAAAUCUGAAUUACACAUGACAGCAGUAGGAAGGAACAUGCCAUGUGUGAUCUGUGCUGCAUUGUUGAAUCGGUCUGUGGUUAUUACAAGGGCUUUGGUGCGCAUUGGAGUAAUUGCAUCUCCCAGCGAUGCUUUAAGAUUUUCCACUUGCUUAAUUUCAAAAGAUGCAAUUUUUCUAGCUUAUGGAAAAAACAUAAAGAAAUGUCCAAGGCAUAGAUCUUGUGAGAUGAUACAUGGUGUCUGAGGGAGGUUUACUGUCCAGUUAUUUAUCUCGCUGGCCUGAGAUUUAAGUAAUUCAAUUUGUAAAUGAUCCGGAAAACAGAAAACUUUGUCAUUUCUGCAAUUCAGCAGAAUUGACACUCUCUUCUCACCAGUCUCGUGCAACAUUCUCCUUAAGAAAGACCAAUAUAUCAUUGUAAAUUGGCAUUUGGUGCUGUCCAUGCAUUGUUGGGUGCGAUGAUCCUGAGAGGUGAAAGUGGUCAAGGUCACUGCCAACUGGCUGAGUUGCAUUGGGAGUAUAAAAGGGAAAUUAAUCUGUGCCUGCAUGCACGUCUUUUGAACACCUGGCUGAACUCGGCUUUGCAUUUUGUACUUAAAGUGGUCUGUCUGCACUUGCUGGGCAAACUCAAGCAGAAAGCAGUAGCUAAGGCCAAGACUGCUGGUGUGAUGAAACAUCUUCAACAAAAGAUUAACAUGUUGGGUUAUGGAAAUUCAUUUGUCUUAUUUUCAAUAACCAACUCUUAAACCAUUUUGUAACAUAUUGUUAAUUAUAAGCUAUAUGUAAAGGAUACCAGAGAGCUUUUUUGUGAAAACUUGAAUAUUUUGAUGAUUUUUUGAAAUCUGUUUGCAUUUGUAGUUGUGGCUGCAGCCUUAACCUUGAAACCAGCAAAAAUAGACCCGUUGGUGGGUGCAAGUUCAGCGAUUGUGAGGUCCUACAUUGUGACUGACUCAUGUUGUGGAAGGAAGAUUUGGUUUUGUGUGCUAGCUAAUGCCCAGUAAAAACCUUUGCUGAGCCGAUCCAAGUGUGGACCGUGCAUUGAGGGCAAGGCCAAGACCAGCCUCUCCCAUUUUCUGAUGCCUCUGCUUAGAUACCUGAAGCCCCAGUGAAGCAUUCCCCUGCAAGAGUUAGGGUUACCAUUCUCAUUUUGAAAGCUAUAUAGACUCUGAAGCCUGCUCCAACUGUCUUAACAUUUAAACAGGAUGCUAGUCGGUAGCUGUGCAAUAUUGGCAGGCUGGUUUUCAGCCAGGGUCCUUUACCCCUGGGUCUUGUUAUCCUGCACUUCAGUUAGCUUGACCUACGUGGUCUCAUUAUGGGGGUCUGCCUGCUCCUACAUCCAAUGGCAAUCACAUUGUAUCAAUCUCUCAGGCAUGGUUGAUCAACACCCAAGUCAACAAAGAAACCACUCUCGGGUGCCCGUGUUUCUUGUGCUAUUUUUGCACUCCAUUCAAGGUGUAUGGAGAUACUAGUUGGCUGGGUUAAAGACCAGUCAGAUAUAUUUACUGUUGUUAACAGGUGAGAUUAUGGGAGCAACUAAACAUGGUUCCUCCCUUGCAGGCCAGUUUUGUUUCUCCUUGACCUUGAUUAAUACUUAACAACCUUUGUAAUCUUGUGUGAUAUACAUUGCUGAGAAUGCAAUAAGUGAAUGUAGGCUGAUAUUAAAUAUGAAGCUCCCGUUAAAUGUGAAUAAAUAAUUAUUGGAGCCUUUUGGAAUGCAUGUGCUGUGCUAGGCAGCAUUUUACACAGUUGUAUUUCAGCCCCUAACCCUUGCCACCUGGUUGCCACAAAUGGACUUUUCCACUUAACACCCAACAAGAAUCUAUGGUACAUUUCUUCCUUCUUGGCCAGCAAGCAACAACACAUUUUCAGGAAAAAAUGAGGUGUGGAACAGUUUAUUGCUGUUUGUCUCCAUCUCUCCUUACCACUCCUCCUCCUCCUCCUCCUUUUCGUCUUUGUAAAACAAAUGCCACACCUGUGUUAGUCUGACCUUUUGUUGUCUGAUGCACACUGAUUGCUAAAUCCCAGUGGUGUCCUAUAUGUACAGAUACAAUGACUUCAGCUAGGGGCUUAUUCUUGUUAACUAGACUGAUCUAAUUCACAAUAUGACAUGUCAUGUCCCCUCCUUUUGUCAAAACAGGGACACUGAGCAAACUGCCAUUCACCUGAAGGAUAAUUUAUAGAUGCACCAAUCCAAUCACAAACCAGUUCAUUAGACAACGGUACUGCAUGGUUUUAGAGUUGUGAAACAGAGUAAACUUAGCAAAUUUUAUUCAGAAUCAGAAUCACUUUAUUGUCAAUAUGUGAAACACACUAGAAUUGAUAGUUCGGUGUCAAGCAAAAAGCACGGGACAGUACCAUAACAGGCAACACAAUAGCAACCAACAACUUACCAGUCAUAAGCAAAGGAAAUUCUGCAGAUGCUGGAAAUCCAAAGCAACAUACAAGUCAGUAGUGCAAACAGUCAUGAGCAAUCAACAAUUGGCACAAUAGACAGGCUUAAAUUUUAUUUGUUAGUGGGAGGCAAUGCUUGAAGUUAUUAACACUGUUUUGACACUUCUAACCAUCCAAAUUAAACUCGACACUGGACUAAUUCAGGAAACCAAUUCUUCCCCUCUCAUGAUGGUAAUGAGCGAGUUCUGCAGGUAUCCAUGACAAAUUGCUUUUCUGUAAUACUGCUGAUCAUUGUUACUAAGGAUGUUUGGGGCAAAUAGUUUCUGACAGAGUAGACUUUAGUCGAAUGCAGCAAAAAAAAACUCCCUACACAAUUCAUCCCAAGCUUAGACAAUUCUCACUCUAAUGACUUGGACAAAAGAAUUAUUUUCACACAAUCACCUUACCCCCUUUUCUUCCUGUUAGUACAUGAGUUUGCAAAUGUGCAUGUUGCAGCUUUAAUUUCCCCAUUCAACCCCAACAGGAGUUUGUAAAGAGAUGCUAGCAUAAUUGUCAGUGGCUCCUGACACAUAACUCAGUUGUACAGCUGCUGGUUUGAUUCCUGACUUGUUCCGCUUUUACUUUUCUUAGUGGGUGGGGUCUGGGGAGAAGUAAAAGUGCCCCAAUGUGCCAUGAAGUAAGCCCUGCUGAAAGUACAUUUGUGUUAAAGUCUAGGUGUUUUAGGAUGACUCACUCGAUGAGAUUGUAUCCUGGCAGGACUCAGCAUCUUCAAGGGUAGGAAAGGUGAAAAUGUGUCAGCAACAUGUUUGAUCAAGUACCUGACAGCCUUGAAACACAAAGAAAGCAAGAAGGGAAAUUCCACUGUGUCUGAAAGUCUGCCAUUUUGUUCAGGAAAAACUGGAAUCUGAAGCCAACCGUGCUAUGCCUUGAUUUUAGUUACAUAUUCUAAAGUUAUCCACUGUGAUAAUCAAUUUUUUUUUUAAACUGACACUUCAUUCAAUCUGUGUAAUCCAUUGUCAUUUGAUGAUGAUUUGAAGUACUUUGGAGGCUUGAUAAAGGCGAGGCUCAGCUACUUAUCCAAUGGUUAUGGCCUAGAGAUUUUAAAUCUUUUUUUCUAAGACUUUAGGGUGGUGAAUAGAAAAAGACAACUAGUCUGUUCCAGCUGUCUUCACCUGCUCCAUUUUUACAAUCACAAUCAUGCUAAAAGAAACUUGAAAGUAAGUUCCCCACCCUUCUCCCCGAAUGCAUUUAUACUCAUUUGUCCGCUCAUUCUAACCAGCAAUCAUUAGAAGUUUCGGAUGAACUGGUUAAUUUCAUCUGCACGACUACCAUUUUUUCCAUUUGUUGGUGUUAAAUGAAUUUUGACGUUUUUCAUGUUAUGAGUGAUGAGACUUAAAUUUAAAAGUAGUGAUUUUAAAAAAACACAAAAAUAAUUGGCAACUCAUCUCCUGACCUUUGAAUACCAUGCAAGCUGUCCACAGCAAAUCAUAAACAAGGUAUUCUGCUGGAAAUCCAGAGUAACACACACACAAGAUGCCGGAGGAACUCAUCAAGUCAGGCAGGAUCAAUGGAGAGGAAUGAAAAGGCAACAUUUCAGACUGAGACUCUUCAUCAGGACUCACAAACAAAGGUCCUGAUGAAGGGUCUCAGCCUGAAACAUCUGACUCAUUAUUCCUUUCCACAGAUGCUGCCUGACCUGCUGAGCCCCUCCAGCAUUUUGUGUGUGUGUGUCCACAGCAAAUAUUUGAAAUCUUCCUUUGGGCCCAUCUGUAAGGAACCAAAUUCCUUUCAGACUUUUGCCAACUUAGUCUUUUGUAAUGUUGCACCAACCACGCAGAUACCCGCUGGAUAAUUGCUGUGUCAUGGUCUUUUCCUUGUAUCCUCCUGUGUAAUUACUACUCAUAAUUGUAUAAAUAGCACUGAAUAAUAAUUUGAUUUAAAAUUAAAAAGACUUUGUUCUUUUAAGUAACUAGCUGAGAAGUAUUUACAAGUAAAUUCUAUAGGAAAUUUAAUAGAUGUUAUUUCUGAAUCUGCAACGUAAUUUAAAGAAAUCUGGGAAUUGUCGUUCAGAUCUUUGAGCUUUCUACAUCAUGUUAAUUUCCACUGUAUGAUAUCUAAGGAUGUAAAUCAUGUUAAUAUUUCUGUGUUUAAUCAUUUUGUAAUGUUCCAGAAAUAAGUUAAGGCUAAAAAGGUAAUUCUGACCUCUGACACAAGCUUCUUAUCCUGUUUACCUAUGUAAAAAUAGUUAACAUUGUAUAUAAAAAAAAAUUAAAAGCUUCUCAAC